CCUGCUUGGCUGACUGGAAGUGGCGUACGUGCAAAUCCGAGCCGGAGAGUGGCGGCGGCGGCACAAACUCCUCCCUCUCCGCCGCAGUUUAGGCUACAGCAAAGGAGGGAGGGGGGGAGGCGGCCGCCGCGAAGAAGGGAGAUGUUCCCUUCGCUCCCUCAGGCUGAGGGGGGGAGGCAGAAAGUCUCGGCGGGAGAAGCUGCCAUGAGGCGGUGCUAGCAGUGAGCCUCCGAGGCGGGGGGCAAGAGGGCGGCGGCGUGAGGACUCGGUGGCUGUCCUCCGCCCACCAGGAGCAGAGCGGGAGGCGGGCGAGGCAGCUGGGGCCGCAGCGGAGCCCUGGCGGGGGCGGCCAUGAUGCAGUGAGCCGCUCGUUUCCCUCUCGGAGGCCGCGGAGGAACAAGGGCGAGUGAGGCGAGGGGCGCAUCAACAUGGCCAAUGACAGCGGUGGGAGUGGCGGCACCAGCAGCGGCGGGGCAGGCCAAGGCCAAGGCGGCGGCACCGGCAAUAGCAGCUCCAGUAACGCCAGCAGCGAGCGGGACCGGCAGUACUGCGAGCUGUGCGGGAAGAUGGAGAACCUGCUGCGCUGCGGGCGCUGCCGCAGCUCCUUCUACUGUAGCAAAGAGCAUCAGCGCCAGGACUGGAAAAAGCACAAGCUCAUCUGCCGGGGAAGCGGCAGUGGCGCCGGAGGGGCGGCAGGGGGCGCGGACGAGCACCGAGGCGGGGGCGGCCACCACCACGCCGCAGGAGGAGGGGACCGCAGGGAAGGAGCGGAGGCGGCGGCGCUGCUGGCGGCCACCGCAGCAGCAGCAGCCGCCGUCGUCGCGGCAAGCAAGAAGGUGACGACGCUGCCCGCCCAGAGGCAGCCGGACGCCAACUCGGAGGAGCCCGCCGUGGUGGUCUCGAAUAACCACGUUGCCAAAGGGGCGCCAGAAUCCAAAGGGGAGGAAGAGGAGGAGAAGGAAGCGGCAGUGGCUGCGGCGGCUCCGGCCGGGGAGGCGGGGCUCCUCUACCGGGACAAGUCCAACUUGACUGGCGAGGCGUCUCUGCGUCCUAACGGGCAGAUGAAGUCGCUGGUGCCUCAACGGCUAGCGCUGGAAUACAUCGUGCCCUGCAUGAACAAGCAUGGCAUCUGUGUGGUGGACGAGUUCCUGGGCAAGGAGCUGGGCGGGCAGAUCGCGCAAGAGGUGCGCGCGUUGCACGACACCGGCCGCUUCACGGAUGGGCAGCUUGUCAGCCAGAAGAGCGAUUCCUCCAGAGACAUUCGCGGUGACAAAAUCACCUGGGUAGAAGGCAAAGAGCCCGGCUGCAAGACCAUCGGGAAGCUCAUGAACAGUAUGGACGAUCUCAUUCGCCACUGCAAUGGCAAACUGGGCGACUACAAAAUCAACGGCAGGACGAAAGCAAUGGUGGCUUGUUAUCCAGGCAACGGAACAGGAUAUGUGCGUCAUGUUGACAAUCCAAAUGGUGAUGGAAGAUGUGUCACAUGUAUAUAUUACCUUAAUAAAGACUGGGAUGCCAAGGUAAGUGGAGGUAUUCUUCGAAUAUUUCCAGAAGGCAAAGCCCAGUUUGCUGACAUUGAACCUAAAUUUGAUAGACUGUUGUUUUUCUGGUCUGACCGCCGCAACCCUCAUGAAGUGCAGCCUGCAUUUGCUACAAGGUACGCAAUAACAGUGUGGUAUUUUGAUGCAGAUGAAAGAGCACGCGCUAAAGUAAAAUAUUUAACAGGUGAAAAAGGUGUGAGGGUUGAACUUAAUAAACCUUCCGAUUCAAAUGGGAAAGACAUUUUAUAAAGCCUUUGCUCUAGCAAUUCCCUUUGCUAUGUCCUAUCUCUUCUCUCCUUCCCCACAAACAGACUUUGACUCUGUUAACAUUUGAAUGUGAAUAAUAAGAUAAAGGAAAAUCAACGCCAAUCAACAUUUUGAAUAAACAAAUACUGGGUUUCAGUGUUGUAUCAAAUGGAUUUCUAACUGCUGAAGCAUUGUACUACAUGAUUGUGACUCCAGUCCUAUGACUGCUUAUAUGAAGAUAAGCAUUGAGAAGAAACAGCUUACACAUGAAGUGCCCUACAUAGAAUUUUUCCAUCCUUUAUAUUUUGCUGAUCAGUCAUCCAGCUCAAUGCUAGUCAUCUUUCCCUUUUUGUGGUCAAAGUUUGAAUCUUGGAUAAUUUUUGUAUAAAAGGUACAGCUGAUCAAGAUUGAGCAAAACAAAAAUUAUUCUCAAACAGCAUUUAUCUAUUUUUGUAAACCUGACGUUCACACAGUUCUCCUUACCAUGUAAAACCGAAUUUAAAUGAGAAUUGCCAGUAACUGAUCACUUUGUAUUUACACCUAAAGUCUGAAAUGGAGCACUUUAAUUACCAGCUAAAAAUCCAAUUAUUCUUAUUUUCAUAUCUUACACUAAAUCUGAAUCUUUUUAAGGAGAUUGCUGCUGUAUUGUUAGACUAUGUCCUCUAUGAAACUUUUUUUAACUGAAACAGAUGCCUAUCUUACUGUCAAUUACUUUCUUAAAUUUUGUGGUUUUAUAUGUUGAAUCCAGAGAGCAAGUGUUCUGUAUCUGUCUCAUUUGGGUUUUCUAAGUGACUGACUGGCACUAAGUGAACUUAACGCUAGCUAUCCGUACUGUCCUUGGUGUUGGAAACUGUGGGUGCCAUCCCCAGGGAACUUCUUUUCAGAAAGCCAUUUGACAAGAUUGAGAAUCAUUGAAGAACACAGCUGUUCUCUUGUGCUACUCCUUUCAUUGGGGCUUGUGCAGAUGAACUACCAGGUGGAUUGUGCCCAUAAGCACCAUAAGAUCCCUAUAACCUAAGGGCUUUCCUAGAUGUACCAAGAUGCUUUCUACUUGGGUACUUCUGUCUUGACUCAUUUUUAAAAGCUUACUUUCUGCCACUUCAUGUAAAGUAAUGGAAUUUAAAAUCACAGAUAGUUUUUUUCUCAAAGUAGUAGCAUUUCUUCUCAUUUACAGUUUGUUGAGACUGAAGUGCAUCACUACAGGCUUAAUUUAUAAAAGUUUUCAUACUCCUGAGACACUUUUCCCCAGUAAAAGCACUGACCUCUGAUCAAUACUGUUUGACAAGGAAAAAUAAUAUUUUAGGCAAGGAAGCAAUAGAAAAUAAAGUUCACUCAACCAGAUUUUUAAAAAAUGUUUUAAGCGAUGGUGUGUGCUCAAAUCCCCUGAAGGGAAGCUUCUACAUCCUACCAGCCUUGAAAACCUGAGCUCACCCACUUAAAUGUUCCACCAUUUGUCCCUUCAUUCCCCACUUAAUCAAAACAAUGUGAGUGUACAGAAAUAUUUCAUAUGUACACAUUUGACAAUUUUAGCAUCUGUAUAGUUUAUACUCUUAUUAGAGACCUUUUCUAUGGAAAGCUUGGUAAUUUUUAUUUUUUAAAAAAACCUUACUAUUCAUGUAAAACAUGAAGAAAAAUUGUGUUUACAGGUGGCCCUCAUUAUCCGCAGGGGUUCUGCCCUACAACCGUGGAUGAGACUUUGAUUCAAUGGGAAUGGGGGGGGAGGUUCCUAGAGCUUAAAAAGGGGCUUAAAAAGUGGGGAGGAGGCAGAAAUAAGAUAAAGUGCACCAUGCUCUCCAGCUGUCCAGCAAUCCCCUGCCCCCCCCCAAAAAAACCCCAUCCAAUUCUUCUGACUUUUGGCCAAAAAUCAAAGGGAGGAAUUUUUUUAUUUUUUUUUAAAGAGCGAGCCACAAAAUGGCUUUGUGAUGCAAAAAAAUCAUUUCCAGCCACCCAGGUACCAUGGAUAGGUGAAUUUUGAGUAUUGUUUUUGAACUGCAUAUAAUGGGACGGGUCUAUAGAGCCCAACUGUAGAUACACAAAACCGAGGGUGCUGCAACUGUGGAUAACAAGGGCCACCUGUAGUGACAACCGGCGGAAGGGGGGAAUUCAUUAUUAUGAUAGGAUACUAGAGGAACUUGUGGCAAAAGUAUAUGGUUUUUGAAUUCUCUCCCCACCCCCCAAUAUGAUUAGCUGUCAAGAGGUCAGCAGUUUGGUUCUUCUCUUCAUACUGGUAAAUUGGGAAAAAAAACAUGUCUACUGUAAGUGCCUCUGCAAGCCUGACCAAGGAGUGCAAAUCUUCUUUACUGUCUGGUCUGCAGUGCAAUGCACUGCCUUAGGCCUAAAAAAACACCAUUUCUGACUUAACUGCUUUUGUAUUAUGUUUAAUGUGUUAGAAAUGCACAACAUAAGCCUUUACAUUUUUGUUUGUCCCUCUAUUCAAAGUAUCAAUGUCUUACUUUUGUGCUUGUCAGGGAGAUUUAAAAUGUGUUUAAAUCUCUCAAUUUGUUAUUUACAGAAGGUCAACAAAUUGGGUCUUCUAAUGUUGGUUUAGAAAACUGUUCACGUCCGUUAAAAUCUUCAGCCUUGGGCAUCACCAAGCAGGAACCUGUUUCAGACUAUUUUUAACUGUCUUAUGGCCUGUAUAUGUGUUUAGACCUGGUUAAAGAUAAAGCUUCAUAAUGCUAUUUUUACUUCAUGACAUUAGCCAGCUGCAAAACACAAGACUUUUAUCUAGCAGGCAAAAAAAUUCAAGAUUCAUUUGCGGAUUUCCUAUAAAGUCAUGUAACUUUUGAAAAGCAGUGUUCAUUACUGAAAGAGCUCUCAAGUUGCUUGUAAAGCUAAUCUAAUUAAAAGGAUGUAUAAAGGUUCUUGAAACAA